UUUGCCAUUGUAACUGUGAUGUGUGCGAUGCCGUUUAUUUUUCCUGCUUUCAUGGUCUGGGUUCAAAACAACAUGGUUUUCUUAUUUGUAGCAAUGGGCAUUUUUGUGGUUGUGGCAUUGGUUUUGAUGUGCAGCACCUCAGUUCGACGGUCAUAUCCUUUGAAUCUCAUCGCCCUGGGCGUAUUCACCCUAGCCGCUGGUUAUAUGACUAUGGCUACAGCGUCAGCUUUCAAUGUACAAUCAGUCCUGUUAGCAUUAUGUAUCACUACAUGUUCGUCAGCUGCGAUCAUCUUCUUUGCUAUGUUUAUAAAGAAGGAUCUCACAUCGUUGAUUGGUAUAGCUUAUGUGCUUGGCACGACGUUGAUGUUUUUUGGUUUCACAGCGAUUAUCGCUUGUUUUGCUUUCAAUGUUCCUUUCCUUUACACCGUAUAUGCAGCACUGGGAGCACUACUUUCCAUGCUCUACCUAGCAAUUGAUACACAGCUGCUGAUGGGUGGACGACAAUUCGAGCUGUCACCAGAAGAAUACAUCUUUGCUGCAAUGCAAAUAUUUCUUGACAUUCUCAACAUUUUCCUUUUUGUUUUGCAGAUCUUUGGCAAAACGAAUUGA